AUUCCCUUCCUCACCCGAAACUACCUUUCGCUGUCAUGGCGUUUAAACCAUAGACACAAUUUGAUUGGAGAUGUCCGUGGGUUCAGUUUUGCCUCCUGUAAAUGAGGCUAUUAGCUUGCUGGACGUCAGCUUCGUUAAUAACGAGUGGCAUGGAACACCAGCAACUUUACGGAGAAGCAUUCAGAUCUUGGUGGAUCAUAUCUCUGUCCAGAGCGUGCAGCUAAGCCGCGUCGAGGACAUAUUGAACGCCUUCGGAAACCCCAGUCAGCAUGGCGGAACCGUGUGGAGCAAGCUCGCGGCGAAGGCCGACCUCAGCCGCCUGGAGAGGCUGGAAGCGCAGAUGGACGGCCUGCUAAAUGACUGCGCACAGAUGCGGACCCAUCAGGACGAUGCAUCUCUCCUGGUCGGCAAGCUGCGCGAGAUGGAACCCCGGAUCGAGGUCCAAAUCAACCACUUGCGCGGCGAUAUCAAGCAGAGCGCAGCCGCACACGCCCAUGACGACGUGGCAUCGCGGUUGGAGCUCUUAAAGGACCAGAUGACCAGCAUGGAGGCGCGGCUGGGACUGCCGUACACGCAGGACACCGCAUCAGGGUUUGACCAGUACGGUGGCUCGCGGCGGCAUACCGGGGGGUUCGGCAGCUGUGUAUCGCCCAGCAAAGCCGUGGUGAGUGUGCCCACGGGAUCAGUCCUGGAUCGUAUCCUGCGGCUCGAGCGGCGCACGGACGCUCUGGCGGAAAUGAGCACAAAGGCCGAGGCGCUGGCACUCGCUGCAGCAUCCACGCGCCAGGAAGCGGACGCAGAAAGCACCUCGCGCGUCAAGGAGGCAGAGAAGCGCCUGGUGGCACGCAUCCAAAGCGUGGAGUCAACCCUGGAAGGCAAGGUGUCUGCCCUUUCCGCGCAGACGGGAAUCACCAUCAGCGCAGAGCUGGACAAGCGCCUGCACGGCGUGUACGACCACCUUGAUGCACAGGUUCAGCGCCUGGGCGGCGACCUAGACCGGCUCUCCAGAGACAAAAUCGACUUGGCGUCCCUGGAGCACUACUCCCUGCGAGUCAGCACCCUGUUCGAGGGCGUCGCGCAAGGCCUAGCUGAUGAGGUGGCGACGCUGGUGGGGCAGUUGCGGACGGAGGUAGCGGGCACCACACGCAACGCGGAGGACAUGCGCGUCAAGGACAAGAUGCUGCAUGAUAAAGUGAAGGCGGAACUGGAUGCCAUGCGGCAGAUGUCAGGGCAAUUCAAGGAGACAAUCACGGCGAUGCAGGAAGCGAUUGCUGCAUCCCAAAACACAAGGCUUCUGGAGGAAACUCGGGGCCACGUCAGGCAGGUCAUGGCCGAUACGGAGCAGCUGCAGAAGGCCGUGAAAGGCUUGAACACGGCCGUGGCUGGCACCAGCAGCGCCUUGGAGCUUCAGUCCCACAAGCUGAGCCAGCUCUCACAUAAGAUCGGCGGAGUCCAUCACGAAGUGUGUGCGGUGAAGGACACGUUGUACGGCGGGGUGGCAUCGGCGGCGGAGGGUGCGGCAGAGCAAUCUGGCCCUCCAGGAACCUCGUUACUGUCGAAGCUGGCCUUCUUGGAGCGCACGAUUGCCGACCUGACGGCCUCACUUAACAACAAGACGGACGAUGUAUUGACUCGGGAGAUGGAGCGGCGGGUCGCAACGUUGGCGCGUCAGCAGGACGUCACUGCGGAGGGCCUGAGAAACCUAUCAGCAACGGCUUUCAAGCGCGCUGAUGAACACGCGUCCGCCAUUCAGAGGCUGACCAUCGCCGUAAGCGGUAACCUGGAAGACCGUCCCACCACCACCACCGUCAAGCACCUCGUGGAGGCGGCCGCCAUGGAGGUUCGUGAGCGUUGUGAUCAGGCGCUGGCACCGCUGUGGGACGCAGUUCGCAUCCUGCAGUCCGGGAUUCGGGAUGCGGCGGGAGAGCUCAAGGCAAUGGGCUCUCAUGUCACCAACUUACAGCAAGCGCAGAGCGACUCGCGCACCAAGGCCUCCAACGACCGUUCGUCCAUCCUAGCCACUCUGCGGAAGCCCCGCAUUGAUCUGUCCUGGCCUCCUGAACGUGAGAGGAAGCUCCCCGCGCUCCUCGCCCAGCAGGAGUACAUGAACGGGGGGAGGGGGGGUCGUAUGAGCGGUCGUAUGACCCCCUCACGCAUUUGGACCCACGCAGAGGUUGCAGCGCAAGGAGUUCAUCCAGGCUAUCAGCGCGAUGCGGUACAAAUGUCGAAAAAAAUUCGUGCUUUGUCUUCUUUGCCAGCGCAGGCCAUGGAUGACGAGCUGGGCUGCCUCCGCACACAAUUUGACUCGCGGCUGGACAGCAUGGCGAGCGGCAUUCGCCAAGUGGUGGAACAGCUGGAGGUACAUGAAAAGCUCCAGGAUCGGCUGACGCAGUUGACGACCGCCAUAGAGGAACAGCUGGCCACGCAGGUGUCCGCCUGGCGUACGGGCAACCAGCAGCUGCGAGCCGAGCUGAACAGAAGUGUGGAGGUUGCGGCCGCGGCGCUCGGAACGAAGGUUGAUGCGCUGGAAGCCUUCUACUGUAAACAAUCCGACGAAGUCAAGGCCCUGUCUGAGAUGGUCGCCUCCAAAGCCAGUGAGACAGCGUUGCGGGAAGUUGCCAGCACGGUGGCCAGUAGUCUCAUGCGACAGGAGCUUAACGACUUCCGGGAGAAGGAGCUUGCGAGGUGGCAGGCGUGGCUGGAGGACUACCGAAGGAGCCAGGACCAUCUAGUCACUCGGAGCUCUCUGGACAGCGCACUCGACAGCGCGACUCGCCAGAUUAAGCAGGACGUGGACGACGUGAUGACGGCGCGCGUCGACGAGUUGCGGCGGGCAUUCACUUCACUACGAGGUGAGGUCGAUGGGCGCGUCCGUGCGAGCACAAGCCGCAUGGAGAUUGCGGAGCUCCGAAUCCAGUUAGGUGGUGGUGAGGCGGAGGAGCUGGAAGCCGCCACUGCUGGCAUUGUCACCCGGAGGGACGUUGAGGACAUAGUGGUAGCGGCAAUGCCGCAACGUGCGGAGCGCGCCGGACUGGAGACGAGGGUCCGUGAGCUAGGAGACCAGGUCGCGGACCAAACAGCCGCACUGAAACUUUUCCGCACGGAGGCGGUCCUGCGAAGCGAAUUCACCGCGGAGAUGGCACGGAAGGUUGACCUGGCAACUUACUUGGCACAGGGGAGUGCCCGUGCCGCGGCGGCCAACGCAGCCGCGUCGGCUAGUCGUGCUAAGCUAGUUAUCCGGUGCUCAGGAAAUGGCGCAACAAGUGGGGCAUUUCAUGAAGGACAAAAGGUCAAGGUUGUAGCCGCUGUUAAAGUGUACCAUGCGCCAAAGCAUCAUGACGGGCUCGACCUGAACGGCAUGGAAGGGACUCUCGUCAAGGACGUCACGCACUACAAGGGCAAAAUCCUUUCAGCAAAUUUUCCAUUCAAGGUGGAGUUCCUCCUUCCUGGCGAGGGGAAGCCAGGAAAGUUCCAGGCUCACUUGGGAGAGGACGAGAUUCAGGCGCUUUGAAUUGGGCAAUAUUCAUUUCACUUCCAGUUUCCACGAAAUAAAGCUGCGCGGGUGCCCUGACCGCAAAUCAAUUUGCCUAAGUGCAGUCAUUGGGGCAAUGGAUUGUAGCAUCUCAUCUAGUUUUCUAAAUGCUAGCCUCGGUAGCGCUUGGCACAGGUUAUGGACCUGGAAUGCUUCCCCUGCAGAAUGAAAAGACAUGGCGUAUGCAUUAGAUAUGGUGGGCAGAAAAUAGGCCAAGAAUGUUUGUGUCCGAGAUGCGAUGGGACCAUGACUUUAAAGGUGGAAAACGCUUGACCCAACCGUUGCUUACUGUGUCCUUUGCGCUCAGCUGUUAUAGCAGACUGAAUGCGACGACGGAGCGGUUAGGGACGGCCAUCUAAGAUUGUGGAGGUAUCUGCUUUCCGUCGUUGGGUGCCACAGGUGCCGCAAUUAUCGAUUAUCGUACAAGGGACUCCUGUAACAACUCAUUUGGAGUGCAUGUUAUACCUGCGGUCUUUACGUCUAUCACACAACUCACAUGCUGUAUUUUUGUCCAGAGGUUGUGCAAAGUAUUUGCAGGAUUGCAGGAUAAACUGUAUGACCGUUGGAGUUGAGAGUAUCGCCUCUUGCGGUCAGUUGCAAUCCUCCAUCGUUUGCGAGUUGAUCGAUGACGCAAAUGUAAUCCUUUGCUAUGU